AUGUCCACCAGCAUCGACCCCGGGCGCCGCACAGGAAUCUGGUCUUAUAUUCCCUUCGGCUCGUCCAGUCCCAGGCGGAGAUCCGUGUCCUUGCCCUAUCGUGCCAACGGCGAUCUAUCUGAUCCCUUUGACCCUUUCGAGAAGCCUAACAGGCACACACCUACCAGCAGUGGUCGUCAUUCAGCUUCUCCAACUCUGAUUGAAAAUUUACAAAACGCCUGGAUGACGCAGAGCCAGCGGAGUAGAUAUUUCAAAACUGGUGGAGUGCUUGUGUUCAUACUGUUCGUUCUGUCCUAUGUCUCCAAAAGUUGGAGCGGGAUACCAGAUGUCGGUAGCAAUAUAUACAACAUCUCCAAUUCGCCCACCUCAAAAUGCACGAAACCGCACGAUGGCUCGAAGCCCCUCGUUCAAUAUGCCCUGAUGAUUGAUGCUGGUAGCACGGGCUCAAGGAUACAUGUCUAUAGAUUCAACAACUGUGGCCCAACCCCAGAACUCGAGGAUGAGGUGUUCAAGAUGACUGAGAAGCGUCAAGGUGGCUCGGGCUUAAGCUCCUACGCAGCAGAUGCUGAAGGCGCGGCAAGAAGUCUGGACCCUUUGAUGGACACAGCAAUGCAGUCCGUGCCGGAUGAAUACAAAUCGUGCUCACCGGUGGCAGUAAAAGCUACUGCCGGCCUUCGGCUGCUAGGCGAGGAGAUGAGCACGAAGAUUCUGGAGGCUGUGCGACAACGUCUGGAGACAAAGUUCCCCUUUCCGGUGGUCUCUCGGGAGAAGGACGGCGUCGUGAUAAUGAAGGGUGAAGACGAGGGCGUAUAUGCCUGGAUUACGACCAAUUACCUCCUGGGCAAAAUUGGUGGACCAGACAAAACACCUACCGCUGCUGUAUUCGACUUGGGAGGAGGAUCGACUCAGGUAGUUUUCCAACCCACCUUCAAGGAUGCCGCUUCUGGUGGAAUGCCUGAGCAUUUGGCAGACGGGGACCACAAGUACGAGCUCAAAUUCGGUGGUCGAGACUUCACGCUGUAUCAGCACUCGCACCUUGGCUAUGGCCUGAUGUCAGCCCGGAACGCCGUGCACAAGCGCGUAAUAGACAACAUGCACGAGUCAAACAAGAACUCGAGAGGGUGGCUCUCCUCCCCAAUUCCAAACCCCUGCAUCGCUCCGGGUAUGUCCAAAACCGUCAACGUGACCCUCUCUCCUGACCACGAUCUCGGUGGAUGGGUCCAAGUCACAAUGGAAGGCCCCAGAGAUAGCAUACCAGCGCAAUGCCGUGCCCUAGCAGAAGGCAUUCUCUACAAAGAUGCCGCCUGCAAUCUUGCACCCUGCUCCUUUAACGGCGUCCACCAACCGAGCCUAGAGAAAACGUUCGCCAGAGAAGACGUUUACAUAUUCUCCUAUUUCUACGACCGCACCCAUCCCCUUGGCAUGCCUGAAUCAUUUACCCUCCGCGAACUUCAUGACCUCACCGCCAAGGUCUGUGGUGGGGAGGAGUCAUGGGAUGCAUUCGCAGGUCUGCAGGGUGAGGAUGCUCCGACAGUGCUGGAGGAUUUGCGGGGUAGACCCGAGUGGUGUUUGGAUCUGAGCUUUAUGGGUGCGUUGCUGCAUACUGGGUAUGAAAUGCCGAUUGAUCGAGAGGUAAAGAUCGCAAAGAAGAUCAAAGGGAAUGAGUUGGGGUGGUGUUUGGGGGCAAGUCUGCCGUUGUUGGAGAAGCAGAGUGGAUGGCAGUGUAAGAUCAGGGAGGUUGAGUAG